AUGGAAAUUAUUCAAAGCUACUUGGGAGUGGGAAUAAGUGGAAACAAGGAGGAAUUCACGAAUGAGACCAUUCUGAGGCUAAUUGGGGCAUUGAAGGUUGAAAUAGGGAAGAAUGACUACAAAAUGGUAGAAGGAAGCAGAAUAUACGACAUCAAGGAUGACACAGAUGUCUAUCCACAGUCUAAGACCAUAGGGGAGAUAGAGACGAAAUGGGACAGAUUUGCUAAAGAAAAGGGAAUAAAGAAGAGGAAGAGUGGCAGAAGAAGCUACAACGAGGAGACAAAGGAGUGGGAGUUCAAGUACGGGAGCAAGAGCAUUAAGAACCAGAAACUGGCAUCUGGAAUAGUAGAAGGAAAGAAAACAGUGAGCCAACUAAAACGGGACAAGCAGAAGAGAAUUGAGAAGAACAGAAGGCAGCAACAAAAGAACAAGGAUCGUGCGAUGAGCAGCAAGUGA